CCCCGGGUUCUGGCCCCCAGGCAAGAGAUAAGGGGGGGCCCCUGCCCCUUGGGUGAGGGGGCUCGGGAACCUUGGCCCCUUUCCCAGACCCGGAGGGGGGUUUCCGUUCCAAAAAGGGGAGGGGACCCCGAAGGGGGGGGGCCGGGAGGGGCCCUAGACCUCUCGCUCUCUACCAGAAAACCUACCCCUCCGCCUGCCCUGCCGGAAGCUGGGUCGGCGGUUUGUGGGGCCCUUUAAAGUCCUGAGAAGAUUGAACGAGGUGUGUUAUAGGUUACAUCUACCUGUUGAAUAUAAGAAUAUUAACCCCUCGUUCCAUGUGUCUCUUCUCAGGCCGGUGGUAGCGGUCCACUCCAGGACAAUUGAGAUAGGAGAGGCUCCUCUGCCCACAUUGGACAUCGAGGGGGCUCCGGCGUACACCGUUCGGUCCAUCUUGGACUCCAGACGCCGGAUGGGGGGUCUCCAGUAUCUCGUGGAGUGGGAGGGGUUACGGCCCGGAGGACGGUGCUGGUGGCCGCGGAGGGACAUCCUAGACCCAUCUCUCCUGUCGGAGUUCCACCGGGACCAUCCUGCGCGCCCUGCUCCGCGUCCUCCUGGUCGUCCCCGAGGCCGGGGUCGGCGCACGGCUGGAGCCGCGCGUCAAGGGGGGGGUACUGUCACGGUUUCGGCCGAGGCUGCUCCUCCUCCUCCUCGUCGUCUCCGGAGUACUAGCUGCCACCGAUCUAUGUUUCAUGUUCGUUUGGUUUGGUCUUGAUGUUGUACACCUGUGUCUAGUUAGUCCUCGUUAGUGUUCUAUUUAGUUCUCGUUGUGUGUGUCUGUGUUUGUGUGUUAUUGUUUCGCUGUCGUGUUUUGUGCGCUACUGUUUGCCUUGUGCAUUUCGGAUUUUCCUCCUCUGUGUUUAGGAGGUUAUUUACGCACUGUUUUGUGCGCCUUUUGGUUUUCGCCUGUGUGCGGACUUUCUCGCCUCCGGGCGUUUGACUCGUGAAUUUGAGUGUGCUGUUCACUAAAGUCUAUUGGACUUAUCUUUCUGCGUCCUGCAUCUGAUUCCUGCACCACACCCACCUACAGCACCCACUGACACCAGAGUAGAAGCCCCAUUGGUGCACGGCAGAGUCCUCUGCCCUUGGCACCCGACCAGUAGAAGGGGAGUGGAGUGUGAGUGAGCGUGCAAAAAUGAAAUGUCUGUGUGUCAAGGAAAACUCGUGAGGAGGAACUAGUGUUUGGGGCCUGAGGUGUGGGAGUUGUCCUGUUAUCGCAUUCUGUUGCAAUGUGCAGGGCGUUGUGUCCUUUUCAGUCUCGUGUUUGUUCAUGAGAACGGUAUGUUCCUGUUAUGAGAAAAGAGGCUCCAACCCCAACAGUUCUUUCACAACAUAAUGCACAACAUGUUUUGAUCCCCUGGUCUUGCACAACAUCUUUCACAACAUGUUUGCUCAGUUCCUUGUAUAAUAGUUUAUUUUUACUACAGUGGAAAACGUGAAGGGGUCUGAAUACUUUCCGAAUGCGCUGUAUUCUCCUCUGGUGUCUUGUCUGCUGCUUUGUCUGUUUCCAGCACGGGUUAAUCGGAAUUAACAGCUGGCGGUUGCUGCGCAUGCGCUGAUCCUCCAUACAGAGGAAAUAGCCGGGGAGUAGGUAGCUGCUUGAGAACGAGCGAGCGAAUACAAUUUCGAGGACAGUGGCAUAUCCCAUCCCUGCAUUGAGGUAUGUUUUCUGACCCAUAUCGCGCUGGCUCCACGGUGUCUUAAUCCCUCUCAACCUUUCUCUUCAGCUCUUGAAUGCAACAAGUGGAGCAAUAAUAGUGGUGCACUUCUCUUGGAGUAUGCCCCUCGUUGGGUGCUCUGCCUUUUAGAAGUGCUCUUAAUCUCCAUUUCUCACCAUUAGAUAAUAAGAAACUGCAGCAACCCCACAUUUUUAACAAAAUACAAAAAUAAUCAUCACAUUUUCACCUUUUAUUUCCAUACACAACAAGUUAUGUGUAGCUCUCCUAUUGUGUUUUCAUCGAAACCAGAAGUCUGUUGGGCCAAAGUGAAAUGGUAGGACUUCAUAGCGAUGUUAUCAGAUCACGAUGGCCCAUAUUUUGAGUAACAUCUUUGAUCUCAUGGGGAUGCUUGAUUAGUCAUAACACCAGUCAAUGCCACAAACUCACCAGAGUUUACGAGUGUUUGUGCUCUGGUGAGUCAGUGAGUGUCAGCCUAUCAGGGAAGCACCUCUGUUUAUGGCGUAACAGUUUAGUUGCAGAAGACGCCUCUCUCAAACGAAGGUAAACCACUACCACUACUUUAGUUCUUGUUGUCAGUCUGUCCUUGAACUGUCUGUUUCGACCAGUUGAGCCAGUUUGGAGUCAAAGAAGGUGCUGAUGUAGAGGUCUGGGGGGACAGGAAGAAUACAACCUGUCAUUUGCUUUUAUGUUCCUCAAAACAAGAAGAGUGAACUGAGGUUAUGUUGCAGAACGUUCCUCACCAGCAUUAUGAUCUUGGACGUGACCCUGUUAUUGACGUCUCUCUCUCUGCAUUCCCCCAGCCAAACAUGUUCUGUGAGUGAGUUCAGAUGACAGCUUUGCCUUUCUUACACCCCCCCUCCCCGUCUCUCUCUCUCUCGCUCUCUCUCGCUCGCUCACUCUGUCUCUCUCUCUGUCUCUCCCCCUCUCUGUCUCUCUCCCCCUCUCUCUCGCCCUCUCCCUGUCUCUCUCGCUCUCUGUCUCUCUCCCUCGCUCUCUCCGUCCCUCUCUCUCCCCCCUCUCUGUCCCUCUCUCUUUCCCCCCUCUCUCUCUUUCUCUCUCCCCCCUCUCUCUCCCCCCCUCUCCCCCCUCUCUCUUUCUCUUUCCUCUCUGUCUCUCUCCGUCUCAGAUGACAGCUUUGCCUUUCUUACAUAUUUGUUUUUUGUUUUUAUACUGGCCCCCCAUGGGAAUCGAACCCACAACCCUGGCGUUGCAAACGCCAUGCUCUAUCAACUGAGCUACAUCCCUGCCAGCCAUUCCCUCCCCUACCCUGGACGACGCUGGGCCAAUUGUGCGCCGCCCAUGAGUCUCCCGGUCGCGGCCGGCUGCGACAGAGCCUGAAUUCGAACCAGGAUCUCUAGUGGCACAGAUAGCACUGCGAUGCAGUGCCUUAGACCACUGUGCCACUCAGGAGUAUACAAUGAGGGCCUUUGAGGGCCAGACACACUUCUGCUGUAAGAGUCCAUGGAAUAAAGGGAAGCCUGCACUCAGUAGAUCAACCUUCCUUCUCUGCCAAGUGGUCCAAGUGGAAAACGUUGAAUGGCUGAGGGCGGUGGGGAUUCACCUCAUUUUCUUCCUGUCCUGCAGAUGCCUCACAACACACACACAUUUAUUUUUUAUUUAUAUAUUUUUCAAACAAUACAAAACAUAUACAGACGCACACAAACAUCAACAUCGCACCUGCCCAGACCCACCUGUUCUCACCCCUAUCUCCAGUACCUGCACUACUCUCUGCCACAUGAACAAAAUGGUGCAAUUUGAGGACAUCUCCCACGCUCUUUCAAUACUUAGAUAAUGAAGCAUAUAAUUUUUCCAUUGUCUUAACGAUGGUGGAUAUUGAUUUCCAGUUAAGUAUACAUUUUUUUCAAGAUAAUUGAGAAGUUUAUCAUCCAACAAAUAAACCUACCAUUAAAAUUAUAGACUGAUCAUUUCUUUGUCAGUGGGCAAAUGUACAAAAUCAGCAAGGGAUCAAAUACUUUUUUCCCUCACUGUAUUAACUAUGGUAAUGCAGCAAUACAACAGGAUCUGUACAUAGCCAAAUAGAAUGGCAUUACACACACACAUCAGGGAUAUGUAUAAACAUAUCGCAGGAGAGAGAGAGAGAAAUAAUUACUUAGACAGUAGAGAUUCAUGGCAUUCUCUCUCAGGACUGGUGGAGAUCUUAUCUGAUCUGUGUCUGGUGCCACAGUCAUAGAUCUUACUGUGCAUGCGGGAGCGCUGAGGACAGUCUAUGAAACGUCUAGAAUCUCUCGCCAUGGCUUAACAGUAGCGCCAACUAUGAAAACGCAGAGGUAAUGUGGCCAUACAGAUACAGGCUUUAGCAAUUAACUCAAUCUCCAAACAAAAACCUACUGCAAAACACUCUUUUAUUCAAUGCAAUACAUGCACCUAUAAAUGACAUGCACAUGGUGUAUGUGAAAAAAACAGUACCAGUCAAAAGUUUGGACACACCUACUCAUUCCAGGGUUUUUCUUUUUUGUACAAUUUUUUACAUUGUAGAAUAAUAGUGAAGACAUCAAAACUAUGAAAUAACACAUAUGGAAUCAUGUAGUAACCCAAAAAGUGUUAAACAAGUCAAAAUAUAUUUUAUAUUAGAGAUUCUUCAAAUAGCCACCCUUUGCCUUGAUGACAGCACACUCUUGGCAUUCUCUCAACCAGCUUCACCUGGAAUGCUUUUCCAACAGUCUUGAAAGAGUUCCCACAUAUGCUGAGCACUUGUUGGCUGCUUGUCUUUCACUCUGCGGUCUGACUCAUCCCAAACCAUCUCAAUUUGGUUGAGGUCGGGGGAUUGUGAAGGCCAGGUCAUCUGAUGAAUUACUCCAUCACUCUCCUUCUUGGUAAAAUAGUCCUUACACAACCUGGAGGUGUGUUGGGUCAUUGUCCUGUUGAAAAACAAAUGAUAGUCCCACUAAGCCCAAACCAGAUGGGAUGGUGUAUCGCUGCUGAAUGCUGUGGUAGCCAUGCUGAUUAUGUUUGCCUUGAAUUCUAAAUAAAUCACAGACAGUGUCACCAGCAAAGCACAAACUCACCAUAACACAUCCUCCUCCAUGCUUUACGGUGGGAAAUACACAUACGGAGAUCAUCCGUUUUAGCCACAGCGCGUCUCACAAAGACACAGCGGUUGGAAUCCAAAAUCUCCAAUUUGGACUCCAGUUCCACCAGUCUAAUGUCCAUUGCUCAUCUUUCUUGGCCCAAGCAAGUCUCUUCUUAUUAUUGGUGUCCUUUAGAAGUGGUUUCUUUGCAUCAAUUUGACCUUGAAGGCCUGAUUCACACAGUCUCCUCUGAACAGUUGAUGUUGAGAUGUGUCUGUUACUUGAACUCUGUGAAGCAUUUAUUUGGGCUGGAAUUUUGAGGCUGAUAACUCUAAUGAACUUAUCCUCUGCAGCAGAGGUAACUCUGGGUCUUCCAUUCUUGUGACGGUCCUCAUGAGAGCCAGUUUCAUCAUAGCGCUUAAUGCUUUUUGCGAAUGCACUUAAAGAAACUUUCACAUUUCUUGAAAUGUUCCAUAUUGACUGACCUUCAUGUCUUAAAGUAAUGAUGGACUGUCAUUUCUCUUUGCUUAUUUGAGCUGUUCUUGCCAUAAUAUGGACUUGGUCUUUUACCAAAUAGGGCUAUCUUCUGUAUACCCCCCCUACCUUGUCACAACACAACUGAUUGGCUCAAACACAUUAAGGAAAGAAAUUCCACAAAUUAACUUUUAAGGCACACCUGUUAAUUGAAAUGCAUUCCAGGUGACUACCUCAUGAAGCUGGUUGAGAGAAUGCCAAGAGUGUGCAAAGCUGUCAUCAAAGCAAAGGGUGGCUAUUUGAAGAAUCGCAAUUAUAAAAUAUACAGUGGGGAGAACAAGUAUUUGAUACACUGCCGAUUUUGCAGGUUUUCCUACUUACAAAGCAUGUAGAGGUCUGUCAUUUUUAUCAUAGGUACUUCAACUUUAGAGACUGAAUAAUAUUUGAAACAAAAACAAACAAAACAAAACCCCCAAACAAAAAGUUCCAUUGACCUUUAACACCCACCAGGAUUGUGGCCCACCCCUCACCUUCCAUCUUCCGUUUCGGGGGGCCCCAACGCUUUGCUCCCCAAAAUUUUUUUAUUUAUGGUUCAUUGGGGGCCCCGGCCCCCACUUGAUCUUCUUAAAUCCUUUUUGCUGGGGUGUUUGGGGUUAUGCUUCCAAAAAAAACCCCUUCAAUUUUUAUGGUUUGGUUUGAUUUCCAAUGGCCACCUCAAAAUACGUUAUGUCCUUUCAAACCCCAAAAAUCCCAAAGAAUUUUUUCCUCCACCUCUUCCAGGUUGGGUGGGGGGGUUGUAAACUUUAUUUUUUCUAAAGGGGUCAUUUAACAAAAACAUUUUCCUACAAAAACCUUUUUCCUCUUAAAGGGGCGGAAAAUUCGGGAAAACAUGGCGCCCGGGCAGGGGGCCUUUGCACCCAAUUAACCAGACCACAUGCAGCAGGGAUUUUGGCCCACUCCUCCAUACAGACCUUCUCCAGAUCCUUCAGGUUUCGGGGCUGUCGCUGGGCAAUACGGACUUUCAGCUCCCUCCAAAGAUUUUCUAUUGGGUUCAGGUCUGGAGACUGGCUAGGCCACUCCAGGACCUUGAGAUGCUUCUUACGGAGCCACUCCUUAGUUGCCCUGGCUGUGUGUUUCGCAUUGGAGAUGGGUCGUGGCUGGGUCUUCCAACAUGACAACGACCCAUCUCCAAUGCUCUUACUGAGGAGAGGAGGUUGCUGGCCAAGAUCUCGCGAUACAUGGCCCCAUCCAUCCUCCCCUCAAUACGGUUUAGUCGUCCUGUCCCCUUUGCAGAAAAGCAUCCCCAAAGAAUGAUGUUUCCACCUCUAUGCUUCACGGUUGGGAUGGUGUUCUUGGGGUUGUACUCAUCCUUCUUCUUCCUCCAAACACGGCGAGUGGAGUUUAGACCAAAAAGCUCUAUUUUUGUCUCAUCAGACCACAUGACCUUCUCCCAUUCCUCCUCUGGAUCAUCCAGAUGGUCACUGGAAAACUUCAGAUGGGCCUGGACAUGCGCUGGCUUGAGCAGGGGGACCUUGCGUGCGCUGCAGGAUUUUAAUCCAUGACGGCGUAGUGUGUUACUAAUGGUUUUCUUUGAGACUGUGGUCCCAGCUCUCUUCAGGCCAUUGACCAGGUCCUACCGUGUAGUUCUGGGCUGAUCCCUCACCUUCCUCAUGAUCAUUGAUGCCCCACGAGGUGAGAUCUUGCUUGGAGCCCCAGACCGAGGGUGAUUGAGCGUCAUCUUGAACUUCUUCCAUUUUCUAAUAAUUGCGCCAACAGUUGUUGCCUUCUCACCAAGCUGCUUGCCUAUUGUCCUGUAGCCCAUCCAAGCCUUGUGCAGGUCUACAAUUUUAUCCCUGAUGUCCUUACACAGCUCUCUGGUAUUGGCCAUUGUGGAGAGGUUGGAGUCUGUUUGAUUGAGUGUGUGGACAGGUGUCUUUUAUACAGGUAACGAGUUCAAACAGGUGCAGUUAAUACAGGUAAUGAGUGGAGAACAGGAGGGCUUCUUAAAGAAAAACUAACAGGUCUGUGAGAGCCGGAAUUCUUACUGGUUGGUAGGUGAUCAAAUACUUAUGUCAUGCAAUAAAAUGUAAAUUAAUUACUUAAAAAUCAUACAAUGUGAUUUUCUGGAUUUUUGUUUUAGAUUCUGUCUCUCACAGUUGAUGUGUACCUAUGAUAAAAAUUACAGACCUCUACAUGCUUUGUAAGUAGGAAAACCUGCAAAAUCGGCAGUGUAUCAAAUACUUGUUCUCCCCACUGUAUAUAUAUAUAUUUUAACACUUUGUUGGUAAGUACAUGAUUCCAUAUGUGUUAUUUCAUAGUUUUGAUGUCUUCACUUUUAUUCUACAAUGUAGAAAAUAGUAAAAAUAAAGAAAAACCCUUGAAUGAGUAGGUGUUCUAAAACUUUUGACCGGUAGGGUACUGUAGGUUUAAGAUAAUAGGCUGCGCGCACACACACACACACACACACACACACACACACACACACACACACACACACACACACACACACACACACACACACACACACACACACACACACACACACACACACACAGGUGUAGACAGUUGUUGAUGAUCCCUUGUCUCCUAAUAAUACAGUAUCUGCUUUCAUAACAGGUUUUUAUUACAUCAAUCUUGUUGCUCUUCUUAUCAUAGUACAUGACUACAAUGUCAAUGAGUUGGUAGGUGAAAGUUAAUGCGAACUUUAUUACAUUAUACAAUACUGUAUAAUAUAAACCAUACAUAUAAACUUGGUGUAAUAACCAUAGCUAGGUUUUAUGAUUACAAUGUCCAUGUACUGGUGGUAGCAAAAAAAAAUAUCCUAGUGUAAAUCAGUGGCGGUCGGUGACAUUUAAGAUGAGGGAGGACGAUUAUUUUCAUGAGCAUGGCCUUAUUUCUAUUACAGCAUAUUGGAUGACUGUCAUCCAUAAUCCAUUCACCCUGCUCAAUGUAACAUCGAUAAGUUUAGGCUACAACAUGAUACUCAAAUUUUCCCUAUACCCAUCAUGAGGUUGUUACAGCCUAGCCUAUGAAUUUAAGUUUACAAUGUAGAUGCAUAGGUCAAGAGAAAAAUGAAGAGUAAUCAAGGUGACAGACAGUGACACAUUCAAUACCGCCUUACACACUCUUCUUGCCUGCAUCUAACUGACCUAGGGAGUAAUCAUUAGUCCAACAGUUGUAAACGAUAGUUUCUAUUGGACAAAUUCAGCUAUGUUUAUCCCUGUUUCGUUCCGUUUGCUUCCGUUUAAGAAAUGUUUUUCAACAGAAUUGGCAGAAGGAAUACACCGCUGAUCACACGCAAACAGAUUUCACUUUCCCACAUACAAACAGCAUGAUCAUUUUGCUUGUUGUAGAAUUCCUUCUUGCAUAGACGCACUCUCCUCCUCUCACCUCUUCCCUUCGCUUGUGGACUUCUGUGCACAACACAUCAGCUGUCUGUGACCAGAUGAAAAAAACUUUCCAAGCCAAACCUUCAAAUCAUAACCGCUAACCGCUACACACAGCCUACAUUGUUAAUGUCACCCUAUUAGCUAACAUCAUAGCUAGUCAACAUAGCUACUAGAUCUAAUGUGUUAGUAAACCCGCUACAAUCAUGCAGUACAGUCGGCAAGCAGUUUAGCAGUUACACCGGCGGGCCACCGUGGCAAAUAAUUAAUAAAGCCAAAAGCUAGCCAAAGCCAGCUAGCUAACAUAGCAUCCCUCUCUGUUUGAGCCGUGUGUUUGAGUAGGCUGCAUUCGCUAUCUAAGUGAAUGUGAAAAAGAAAUAUGAAAUAUAGCUAGCUCUCUCUCUCUCCUCUCGAUUCUCCUUCAUCUUUGAAGAAAUUAAUUUGUUCACCACAUUUUAUGCACUGCAGUGCUAGCUAGAUAUGGCUUGUUCUUUCAGUACUAGAUUAAUUCUCUGAUCCUUUUAUUGGGUGGACAACAUGUCAGUUCAUGCUGCAAGAGCUCUGAUAGGUCGGAGGACGUCCUCCAGAAGUUGUCAUAAUUACUGUGUAAGUCUAUGGAAGGGGGUGUGAACCAUGAUUCUCCUAAGUUUUGUAUUGAAGUCAAUGCACCCAGAGGAGGACAGAAGCUAGCUGUCCUCCGGCUACACCAUGGUGCUACCCUACAGAGUGCUGUUGAGGCUACUGUAGACCUUCAUUGCAAAACAGUGUGUUCCCAACAAUUUAUUUGAUGAUAUAUUUAAUAGUUGUAUCUUAAAGGAUAACUUUUUUAAUGUGUCACUAUUUAAUUUUUCUGAAAUUCACUGAGGAAGAUGGGCCUCCCCUUUCUCCUCUGAGCAGCCUCAAAUAUUCCUCAGUAUUCCAUCUGUUUAGCCUUUCAGUUCCACAGCCCUGUCAAUUCUGCCUUGUUUAAUCCCUGGAGGAAUAGUGGGAGGCAAUACAGAGAGACAAUACAGGGAGAUAGCAUGGCUUACUUUUCCAAACUAUAAUGCAAUAAAUUGCAUUCUAUCAGCGCCUCCUAAUUUCUGUAAUUUGGGUCAUGGCCAUGGGUGAGAACAGGAGAAGUAAACUCUAGAGUCACUGAGUAUACUAAACAUUAAGAACACCUGCACUUUCCAAAACACAGACUGACCAGGUGAAUCCAGGUGAAAACUAUGAUCCCUUAUUGAUGUCACUUGUUAAAUCCACUUCAGUCAGUGUAGAUGAAAGGGAGGAGACAGGUUAAAUACGGAUAUUUAAGCCUUUAGACAAUUGAAUGGGCAAGACAAUAUAUUUAAGUGCCUUUGAACUGGGUAUGGUAGUAGGUGCGAGGCGCACUGGUUUGAGUGUGUCAAGAACUGCAAAGCUGCUGGGUUUUUCACGCUCAACAGUUUCCUGUGUGUCUCAAGAAUGUUCCACCACCCAAAGGACAGCUGUGGGAAGCAUUGGAAUCAACAUGGGCCAGCAUCCCUAUGAAACGCUUACGACACCUUGUGGAGUCCAUGCCCCGACAAAUUGAGGCUGUUCUGCAACUCAGUGUUUGGUAUACUCAGUGUAUAUUUGGUCAGUUAAUAGUACAACAUAACAAUUUUUACUGAAAAUACACAACUUAAUACCUAAUAAUACUUAAAAUACAUGUUGUCUCCCGGAGCAGUGGUCUAAGGCACUGCAUCACAGUGCUAGCUGUGCCACUAGAGAUCCUGGUUCGAAUCCAGGCUCUGUCGUAGCCGGCCGCGACCGGGAGACCCAUGGGGCGGCGCGCAAUUGGCCCAGCAUCGUCCAGGGUAGGGGAGGGAAUGGCCGGCAGGGAUGUAGCUCAGUUGAUAGAGCAUGGCGUUUGCAACGCCAGGGUUGUGGGUUCGAUUCCCACAGGGGGUAUGAAAAAAAUAAUGUAUGCACUAGCUGUAAGUCGCUCUGGAUAAGAGCGUCUGCUAAAUGACUAAAAUGUAUAUGUAUAACUUGUUGCUGUUUAUGACUCAUUCAGGGAAGUGGACUGGAGAUAGAUGACUGCUGUCACAUUUCUCAUCCAUUUACUCCUGAACUUAAAUAAACGUUUUCUCUGCCGGUGGUUACUGUUGGUGUUCUUCUGACUCCGAUUUAUAAUGUGCCAGAUGAGGCAGGGUUAGAGAAGUGCAACAUCUACAUGUUCUGCAGGUAAGUGUGUAUAUAUUUAAAAUAAUUCAGACCCUACUCGUGGAGGAUUGUACUUUUUUGACUUGUACCUUUUGAUUUUCAUGUAUGUUCUGUGUUUUGUUUACUUAAAUGUUUUGCUUGCUGACAUCUGUAAUGGUGUGUUGUCCUUUCAAACGUCGAUACAUGUUAUUGUUAACCCUGAGGGUAUACUAAGAAUCUAGCUAAGAUGUACUCAGGUUUUUAUUGAAUUGGCUAGCUUUAGUUAGCUUCACAUUCCAGCUCAGGCUUCAUCCAUGAUAGGAAGGAAUCAAUAUAUCUCCAUAUGCAUCAGAGUCACGUAUUUUGUGGGCAUUUUAAAGCCUGUUUCUAGAAUAAGGCAUCACGGAGUUAAGCAUUGUUAUAUAAUGCUUUAUAUUAUCUGGAUACUUUUAAUUGAUUUAUUUCAAAAAAUAAAGCUAACAAUAGGUAUCCUUUUUUUGCCCUUGUCUUUAAGGCAUACCCUCACUUAAUGUGAGCCCUGGUUUAACCAAACACACCAAGCCGCUCCCAGACAUGGAGGUAUUUAAGGAGUGCAUGGUGACAGUAUUGGGGGAUUUGGCUAUACUGACAUCCAUUGCGUCUGUCAAACAGGUAGCCCUACCUCUUAUUUUUUUAUAAGAAGAAAUAGGCUCCAACAAAGCCCUCUUGUUGUUAGUGAGGUCGAAUUAAAAUGAAGACAAUUGUUCAAAUGAAUUACUUUCAGCACAAUUUGCUGUCCACCUCUGUUGGAUUAUGCCGCAUCCGCUCCAAAACUGAUGUCUAACCGCUUGCCUUUUUAGUUGACUUUCGUUAACUAGUUUCGUUGCUCACGCACUAAGUCAAUGAUUGAAAAAGUGUAUGUCUCAUGAAAUUGUAAUACAUUUGGUCUCCAGUCUAUGGGCUACAGAAAAACCACAUAGGCUACUACUCUUUCUACCGUAGGCUAUAUCAUUUAUGUUAAAUUAAUUUAAUGGAGCGUUGGUGGAGCGCUGCAGCGCUGCGUCUCUCCAACAGCACCCUGGAGAGGCGCGCUGGGCAUGGACAAGCUAAAUAUUUUGCGCCCUUGCCCUUGGCAAAGUGGGCACUGUUAGUGCUGUUAUCAUUGCAUUUAGGCAGAAUAAUGUGAGGUGUUAUGUGUUGUUGGAGGUACGUCUUGGUGAGUUUAGCUCGGAAAAUGCCGCUCUCGUCAAACUGCCGCUCUACCUAAAUGGCGGGCGGGCCGCCUAAUCAUAUAAUUAUUUUUUAGAAUCCCCAUUUAUUCAAUAGCAUCUCUGUGGGCCUAGCCAUAAAGAUUUGUCAUUAUUUUGUAUAAAAAAAUGUAUUACCUUUUAUUGUGCCAUAAACACAACCAGUCAUGAUGUUUUCAUCUGAUUGUCAAACAAUCACUUCAAAGGGCUCCUUUACUAGGCUACUCGCGCGAAUUCAUCCAUUCGCAACAUAUUUCCAGCUUCCAAACAGUGGUGAAUGGAAAGAGACAUCUGUUACACAAAACACCAAAAAGUGUAAUGACAUUUGGCCAUUGUCAUUAUGCCAGAAUUAAUGCCUCCACUUCUGUCCGCGCGCCUCGGCCACUCAUCUCUGCCUUGGCAAAAUAUCAGUGUUCUUGUUGAACCACAUUGCAUUACAUACCACCUGUUUUCAAGUCCAUUUGCUCAUUUUUCAUGCCUCUGACAUACCGGACCUUACUGCCUUACUUUCACCACUUCUUAUUUUACAACCUUAACAACUUUAAGACAAGCUACCAACCACACACAUCUUUAGGACAUUUACUUUUCUAGUUAAUGGGACUUGCAUCAGCAGUAUUGUACAACUUAUUUCGGACUUUUUUUAUAGUUAUUCUUUGGAACACUAAUGUAGUUUAUAAAGAAAGCUCAAUAAGUAAGGCUGGUCUGAGUGGGCAGCUCACUUAAUUCAGUAAGCACAAUAAAAACAACACAUUGCUUCCUCUUCUAUGGUCAUAGUUGGAAUGUUAUGUGCAUACGGGAAGUAUUCAGACCCCUUGACUUUUUACACAUUUUGUUACAUUACAGCCUUAUUCUAAAAUUGAUUAAAUCGUUUUUUCCCCUCAUCAAUCUACACACAAUACACAAUACUCACAAUACUCAAUAAUAUACUUUAGAUACUCGAAAUUGAGCUCAGGUGCAUCAUGUUUCCAUUGAUCAUCCUUGAGAUGUUUAUACAACUUCAUUGCAGUCUACCUGUGGUAAAUUCAAUUGAUUGGACAUGAUUUGGAAAAGCACACACCUGUCUAUAUAAGGUCCCACAGUUUACAGUGCAUGUCAGAGCAAAAACCAAGCCAUGAGGUCGAAGGAAUUAUCCGUAGAGCUCCGAGACAGUAUUGUGUCGAGACACAGAUCUGGGGAAGGGUACAAAAAAUGUCUGCAGCAUUGAAGAUCCCCAAGAACACAGUGGCCUCCAUCAUUCUUCAAUGGAAGAAGUUUAGAACCAACAAGACUCUUCCUAGAGCAAUCGGGGGAGAAGGGCCUUGGUCAGGGAGGUGACCAAGAACCCGAUGGUCACUCUGACAGAGCUCCAAAGUUCCUCUGUGGAGAUGGGAGAACCUUCCAGAAGGACAACCAUCUCUGCAGCACUCCACCAAUCAGGCCUUUAUGGUAGAGAGGCCAGAAGGAAGCCACUCCUCAGUAAAAGGCACAUGACAAACCCGCUUGGAUUUUGCCAAAAGGCACCUAAAGGACUCUCAGACCAUGAGAAACAAGAUUCUCUGGUCUGAUGGAACCGAGAUUGAACUCUUUGGCCUGAAUGCCAAGCGUCACGUCUGGAUUAAACCAGGCACCGCUCAUCACCUGGCCAAUGCCAUCCCUACGGUGAAGCAUGGUGGUGGCAGCAUCAUGCAGUGGGGAUGUUUUUCAGCGGCAGGGAAUGGGAGACAAGUCAGGAUUGAGGGAAAGAUGAAUGGAGCAAAGUACAGAGAGAUCCAGAGCGCACAGGACCUCAGACUGGGGCGAAGGUUCACCUUCCAACAGAACAACGACCCUAAGCACACAGCCAAGACAACACAGGAGUGGUUUUGGGACAAGUCUCUGAAUGUCCUUGAGUGGCCCAGCCAGAGCCCGGACUUGAACGCGAUAUAACAUUUCUGGAGAGACCUGAAAAUAGCUGUGCAGCGACGCUCCCCAUCCAACCUGACAGAGCUUGAGCGGAUCUGCAGAGAAGAAUGGGAUAAACUCCCCAAAUACAGCUGUGUCAUACCCAAGAAGACUCAAGGCUGUAAUCGCUGCCAAAGGCAUUUCAACAAAGUACUGAGUAAAGGGUCUGAAUACUUAUGUAAAUGUGAUAUUUCCAUUUUAUAUUUUUAAUACAUAUGCAAAAAUAUCUAAAAACCUGUUUUUCCUUUGUGAUUAUGGGGUAUUGUCUGUAGACUGAUGAGGGGAAAAACCAAUGUAAUCCAUUUUAGAAUAAGGCUGUAACAUAACAAAAUGUGGAAACAGUCAAGGGGUCUGAAUACUUUCCGAAUACACUGUAUGUUAGUGUUAACAAACGUUAUCAGCAUAGCAUUAUGUCUCUCCUCAUCUUGUACUAUAAGCCAUGUGCGGAAUGUCAUUCACCUUUAUAGCCUAUGAGCACGGCACAAUAAUGCAAAUUCACCACACCUGCUGAAAAACCUAUGCCUGCACUCGUGCAAUAAUCACCUUCCUGUCUCUCAGCCAAUUAGUAUAAAUCUUGGGACGUAUUUAUAUGUCAACUUACCCCUUGUUCUCUCACUUGCGUGUUACAGCAAAAGUUACCGACAACCAGGGUUGGGUAUGUUACUCUCUUAAUGUAAUCCGUUACAGUUACUAGUUACCUGUCCAAAGUUGUAAUCAGUAACGUAACUUUUUGACAAAAAAUUAAUUGCUUUGCCACAUUAUUUGUGAGGCAUUGGAAGACCUCCCUGGUCUUUGAGCUUUCACUGCUCGACUGAGGUACCUUACAGAUAAUUGUACAGAGAUGAGGUAAUCAUUCAAAAAUCAUGUUAAAAACUAUUAUUGCACACAGAUUGAGUCCAUGCAACUUAUUAUGUGACUUGUUAAGCAAAUUUGAACUCCUGAACGUAUUUAGGCUUGCCAUAACAAAGGGGUUGAGUACUUAUUGACUCAAGGCAGUUGAGCUAAUUUGUAAACAUUUUGAAAAACAUAAUUCCACUUUGACAUUAAGGGCUAUUGUGUGUAGGCAAAAACUGUAAUACAUUUUAAAUUCAGGCUUUAACACAACAAAAUGUGGAAAAAGUCAUGGGGUGUGAAUACUUUCUGAAGGCACUGUAUUUCAUUUAAUAUAUAUUUCAAUGACAGACCAGAGGGUAUUUGAUGGUCAUGAAAUCACCUUUUUUGUUGACUAAACCAGAACAAAGGCUAGCUUACCUCUUAAUUUGUGAACAUGUGAACUAUAGCCUUCAUUAGGCUAUUAUGCACAUUUUCAGGUAAAACAUUUGGAAAAACAAAACAUAAUGUAGACUGAAUAUGAUGUUAAUUUGCCUAUCAUCCUUCAGCUGUUUUAUUAAGACCUAUAGGCUACAUCUAUUCUAUAUACAAUGUUAUUAUCAGUUUAUUAUUGAUCUCUUCACAGGUGGUGAGGAUUCUGUGACACCCAACAGAUGCCAUGCUAUCGGCAAAAUGAUUCUCUUCAGGAUUAGAAAAGACUAUCGUUUCAUCGUUCUACUCUGCAUCACUACUAUCGUUGUGUUUUAUACUGGACAGCUAUCCUCCAAUUCGCUUGUGGAUUUAGUUAAAAAUGCCCUUCGGCCACUGGACAGGAUCAUCUCUCCAAGAAAUUGCGGAUGUCUCAAAUGUAUGACACAGCCGGACGAUGACCUCUGGUUUCAGAAGCGCUUCAUCACAUCUUUUAAACCAUUUCUGACCAGAGAGUACAAGACACUCUCCAACGAUACAAGAACGUGGUGGCUGGUAAUUUAUUUUUAUUUUUUAUUACAUCUUAUCUUAAAGCAAUAAAAGCAUUGUCAGUGCACACCCAACACAUAUUCACAUAUUCAGUCAGAACUUGAGUCACAUGACUUGGACUUGAGUCUGACUCGAGUCACAAAUUUGAAUUACUUGAGACUCGACUUGAUAUAAAAUAAAAUAACUUGAGACUCGACUUGGAGCCUCAAGACUCGGGACUCGACUUUUGACUUGAGACUGAUGACUUGAAAUGAUCUGGCCUGGUUUUGUAACGUUUUGUCACUCAUUUUGUGGCACAGAUUAUCUGUGGAUUGUUCUGCAUGCAGCCAGAAACAGUAUCACACUUGCAAAAAAGCAGAUUGGCUAGUGAAACAAAGGCCCUCUGAUCGGCCCUCAAUCAACACAGGUCGGGUGAGCUAGAGCACUGAGAAGUUUUUGGGGGUUGCGAGUGUGAAAAUGAAUGAAUGAGAGGUUGUAAGGCUUUUUAAAUGAUGACCUCAUGAAAGCAGCAGAAAACUGGAGUGGCUACCAUUUAUAUAUUUUAAUACGCUACAUAUUUAAUAGGCUACAAAUCAUUUACCAUUUUGUAUUUUGUGUUUAUACCUUUGCUUAUUUGAUCCGGUCACUUAGGCCUACGGCAUUGCACCAAAUUCUUGUUUAAAAAGCAUCUAAUCUGUGCUUCAGAACCAGCAAAUUGCACGUCUUGACUGUUGACCAAUGACCAGUCAUCAGCAUUGGCAUGCAAAAGCGGGCACACUUUUCCAGAUUAGUGACCAGCGAGCACUUGUUUAAUUUUCUCCAGUUUUCUUGGCAAAAACAGAGUAGCCUACUUACAUCCUUAAAAUAUUUUACUGCAGUGGGCUGAAUCAGGGUCACACAGAGUAUUUCUUGUUUGUUGAAAAAAAAAAGUAUACACCUCAACUACAUCGAUUAUGGUCUUAAAAAAAGAAGACACCUGUACCUUGUCAGAUAUAGAGUUGAAAUGUAUUCCAUUUUGAGUUUGCAUUGCAAUAUUACACUUUAUAUACAUCACAGAAGACUGAAAUAUAUCAAAACCAGAUUUUCGGCGUAAAAAUAAUAAUAAUGUUGAUUAAUUAUGAAAUUAUGAAAAGUAUUAAUAACAUUCCACUCAUGAGGCCACUAGAGGGCGAUUUGGUCAUUUGACUGCAGGAAAGGGGGGAGGGAUAUGAGUCUACUGACGCACCCGUGUAUCAAUCUAAGUAACAUAAUAAAAACAUCCCCAUCAAAAUCCGUCAAUUUAAGCUAGAGAUAUGGGCUGCGUCUCAUUAAGCUAGAGAUAUGGGCUGCGUCUCAAUCUACCGCCUCCGCCUAUGUCGGCCUUCUGCAUCUGCGGUGGAAGGUGGCCGAGCUACAGCGGUGUUUGUCAGACCAUGAGACAUCCCAAAAAAAUCGGUCUUCUCACGAAAACGUCUGUAGCGUCCAAACGGUUUGGCCCACUCUAUGGAGACUCUCACGAACAUGAUGGUGUUAUACCGUUUUGCUCUACGACCCCCUCAAGUGUCACGGGACUCGUCUGAAGGCAACCCAUGUAAAUGAAUGGAAGUAUGGAGGUAGUGUUCUGCCAACAAAAAUAAGGAGUUAAAUAUGUGUCCAAAAAUCCCAAAAUAUUUCCUGAGCAUUCGUAUAUCUGCUAGCUAUAGGACAGACACGUCAAAACCUUCUUCCUUAUGAUUUCUUUUUGGACUGUCUUUUUUUUACCAUUUAUGAAUGCGUCAUUCAAUGUGUUUCUAUGGGCUAUAGUAGGAAAGGCCAAAUUCUAUAUUUUAUCAAAUAAUUUUAAAGAAAAUAGAGCAUUGAGACAGUAACUGAAAGGUUGCUUGUUCGAAUCCCUGAGCCGGCAAAGUUGAAAAAUCUGCCCCCAAAACAACUGCUUCCUGGGCGCCGAUGACGUGGAUUAAGGCAGCCCCCCGCACCUCUCUGAUUCAGAGGGGUUGGGUUAAAUGUGGAAGACAUAUUUCGGUUGAACGCAAUUCCCCUUUCCAAAUAGGCUACCUGCUGAUUUCAUUUUCAUAUUUCAGAUCGGCCUAGCUUGGGUGGGUUAUAAUUAUAUACCUCAGUGGUGGUACUGGCUAUAUUUCUAAAGAUAGCUGUAACAUCAAACUACCUUCAAUAUUUAUGGGAUGAAGAUGUAACAUAUUCUGGCAAAUUAUUACAAUAGUUGUGAGGAAGAAAAAGGCUACAGACAGAUCCUGCUUUCCAUCCGAUCGAGCCGUAUAAUCCUGCUUGCUCUGGACUCCAGAGAAGUGACAAUGUGACAUGAUAUCCCAAGUUGAUAUUGACCGCUAACAUAAAUUACUUUCAGCUCAAAAUGCAGGUGUAAAUUGCAUUUAUUUCUGUAUCUUGUUUUGAAAAUGCAUCACCGUUUAUGGCUGUAAUGACAGCCCACUGGGCACACACUGGUUGAAUAGACAUUGAGUUGAUGUUUGUGCCCAGUGGGAGGUUACAUUUGCGUAGCGAUUGUGCAUGCGUGCAUGUGCAUGCGCGGGGGUCACAAGCUUUGAACCACUCCUUUUUAAGGAUCGCGGGUCAAAAAGUUUGAAAACCACUGAGCUAGCGAACAUACAGUGGGGAGAACAAGUAUUUGAUACACUGCCGAUUUUGCAGGUCUUUCUACUUACAAAGCAUGUAGAGGUCUGUAAUUUUUAUCAUAGGUACACUUCAACUGUGAGAGACUGAAUCUAAAACAAAAAUCCAGAAAAUCACAUUGUAUGAUUUUUAAGUAAUUAAUUUGCAUUUUAUUGCAUGACAUAAGUAUUUGAUACAUCAGAAAAGCAGAACAUAAUAUUUGGUACAGAAACCUUUGUUUGCAAUUACAGAGAUCAUACGUUUCCUGUAGGUCUUGACCAGGUUUGCACACACUGCAGCAGGGAUUUUGGCCCACUCCUCCAUACAGACCUUCUCCAGAUCCUUCAGGUUUCGGGGCUGUCGCUGGGCAAUACAGACUUUCAGCUCCCUCCAAAGAUUUUCUAUUGGAUUCAGGUCUGGAGACUGGCUAGGCCACUCCAGGACCUUGAGAUGCUUCUUACGGAGCCACUCCUUAGUUGCCCUGGCUGUGUGUUUCGGGUCGUUGUCAUGCUGGAAGACCCAGCCACGACCCAUCUUCAAUGCGCUUACUGAGGGAAGGAGGUUGUUGGCCAAGAUCUCGCGAUACGUGGCCCCAUCCAUCCUCCCCUCAAUACGGUGCAGUCGUCCUGUCCCCUUUGCAGAAAAGCAUCCCCAAAGAAUGAUGUUUCCACCUCCAUGCUUCACGGUUGGGAUGGUGUUCUUGGGGUUGUACUCAUCCUUCUUCUUCUUCCAAACACGGCGAAUGGAGUUUAGACCAAAAAGCUAUAUUUUUGUCUCAUCAGACCACAUGACCUUCUCCCAUUCCUCCUCUGGAUCAUCCAGAUGGUCAUAGGCAAACUUCAGACAGGCCUGGACAUGCGCUGGCUUGAGCAGGGGGACCUUGCGUGCGCUGCAGGAUUUUAAUCCAUGACGGCGUAGUGUGUUACUAAUGGUUUUCUUUGAGACUGUGGUCCCAGCUCUCUUCAGGUCAUUGACCAGGUCCUGCCGUGUAGUUCUUUGCUGAUCCCUCACCUUCCUCAUGAUCAUUGAUGCCCCACGAGGUGAGAUCUUGCAUGGAGCCCCAGACCGAGGGUGAUUGACUGUCAUCUUGAACUUCUUCCAUUUUCUAAUAAUUGCGCCAACAGUUGUUGCCUUCUCACCAAGCUGCUUGCCUAUUGUCCUGUAGCCCAUCCCAGCCUUGUGCAGGUCUACAGUUUUAUCCCUGAUGUCCUUACACAGCUCUCUGGUCUUGGCCAUUGUGGAGAGGUUGGAGUCUGUUUGAUUGAGUGUGUGGACAGGUGUCUUUUAUACAGGUAACGAGUUCAAACAGGUGCAGUUAAUACAGGUAAUGAGUGGAGAACAGGAGGGCUUCUUAAAGAAAAACUAACAGGUCUGUGAGAGCCGGAAUUCUUACUGGUUGGUAGGUGAUCAAAUACUUAUGUCAUGCAAUAAAAUGCAAAUGAAUUACUUAAAAAUCAUACAAUGUGAUUUUCUGGAUUUUUGUUUUAGAUUCAGUCUCUCACAGUUGAAGUGUACCUAUGAUAAAAAUUACAGACCUCUACAUGCUUUGUAAGUAGAAAGACCUGCAAAAUCGGCAGUGUAUCAAAUACUUGUUCUCCCCACUGUAUUUCUGAUUUGCUGUACAGCUGUAGGAUCGGGUGCAGCGCAAACGUCAAAUUGUAGGGAGAGAGGAUUGACAUAAAUAAAAAUGCAGUUCCAAAACAUUUUGGUGAUCAAGAAUAUGAACCGUUUACUUUGCAAGCUCAGUAGCAAUGGGGCAUCAAGCAACAAUUACUAGCAUAGGCCUACUGGUCAUUUGGUAUGGCAAAAUGGCUUGAAAUGUAUCAUUUACUUAUGAAACUUGCUUUUGGAAUUUGUUGUUAAAAUGGAUUAUUACAUAAUCAAAAUGUGUUGUAGACAAAAUAAUGAAGAGGGCUGUCUGGUUCCUCAAUAAAUAGACAAAGAUUUGUAGUUGAACGAGAUUGCCUCUAUCGAUUAUUUUUACUUGACUUGAGACUUGUGACUCGACUUGUCCUUAGAAUGCACGUCUUGGACAUGACUCGAGACUCGACCGGUUCUACUUGGGACUCGACUUGAGACUUGGACCUUGUGACUUGCUUGUGAUUCGAAUAAUAGUGACUUAGUCCCACCUCUGGCAAUCGCUCCAGAAACUACCUUAAACUUCUGUCAAACUGUACGCAGAGACAUAAACAUGGUAUCCACUAGUUCAUCUGACCCUCACACUAUCCCUUUAAGAAUCUCCAAUAGUUUACUGUGGUUGCGUGUUUUUUUAAUUUGAGUAUUUUGGUGUUUAUAUGAGGGAGUUUUAUUCAGAAUUAACUAUUUUAUUUGAUGUUUUUAGGCUGCAAUAUAAGCGUGGUCACUGACAACUGAUUAACGGUUUGCUAUUGUAGUCACCAACUAACCUCAGUGUAAAGAGCACGUGGCUCUGGAGUCAACACUUUAGUGUGAGGGUUUCCUCAGAUGUUAUGGUGUGUAAUUUGCAUUAGGCUGCUUUUAGUGUCAGUCUGUCCAUUGUUGUGUAUUUAUUGUUUAUUCAUUGCUGUUUUAUGUAUUGACUGGUGCAAUUAAAUAACCAGAAAUUGCAGGAAGAACAUACCAAAGCCAACUAUAGCGAGGUGGUGGAGAAGCUGUUCCAGGUCAUCCCUGAGGCUGACCUUUACAUGGACGCGGGCCCUGAGCGCUGUAGGACCUGUGCUGUAGUGGGGAACUCUGGGAACCUCAAGGGCUCCCACUACGGAGCCCUCAUCGACUCCAGUGAUGUCAUCAUAAGGUAGGCCAACUGAGAGGGUGUCCCAUUUGUCCCUCCUACUGUCACACCCUGGCUCUGGGACUCAUUAUGUUGAGCCAGGGUGUGUUCAUUCUAUGUGUGUAUUUCUAUGUUGGUAAUUCUGUUGUGUUUAAUUCUAUGUUUGCCUGAGUGACUCCCAAUCAGAGGCAACGAGUGUCAGCUGUUGGCUGGUUGUCUCUGAUUGGGAGCCAUAUUUAAACUGUCUGUUUUCCCUUUGUGUUUGUGGGUUUUUGUUCCGUGUUCGGUCAUUGAUACCGUGGACGUCACGAGUCGUUUCUUGUUUUGUAUUCAUGUUUAAACUUUAACUAAUUAAAGUAUGUUUGUUCAUCACGCUGCGCCUUGGUCUACUCCUUACCUCGAUCGUGACAGAAAAACCCACCAUGCAACGACCAAGCAGCGUGUCCAGGGGCAGCUCUUGGGCUGGACAUGGGAGGAAGCGCCGGGAGAAGAGACGGUGGAGGCGCGCCGUAGAGAGGAGCAACGGCGUGAUCAGGGUCGUCGUCGGGCGGUCGAGAGGCAACCCCAGAAAAUGUUUAGGGGGGGGCACACGGCAUGGACGACGGGGCUGACGGAGGCAAAAGAGGGGCGGAUUCUGGAGGCCACCAGGUUACGGAUACACCGCCCUGUACGUCCUGUGCGGAUGCCUCACACAGAGUGUGUGAGGGUAGGCAUUCAGCCAGGACGGGUUGUGGCCGCUCUUCACUCCAGGGCUCCUAUCCGUCUCCACAGCCCGGUUCGGCCUGUCCCUGCUCCACGCACCAAGCCUACGGUGUGCGUCGCCAGCCCAGUCCGGCCAGUCCCUGCUCCACGCACCAAGCCUACGGUGUGCGUCGCCAGCCCGGUCCGGCCUGUCCCUGCUCCACGCACCAAGCCUACGGUGUGCGUCGCCAGCCCGGUCCGGCCUGUCCCUGCUCCACGCACCAAGCCUACGGUGUGCGUCGCCAGCCCGGUCCGGCCUGUCCCUGCUCCACGCACCAAGUCUACGGUGCGCGUCGCCAGCCCGGCCCGGCCUGUUCCUGCCACUCGCACCAAGUAUACGGUGCGCGUCGCCAGCCCGGCCCGGCCUGUUCCUGCCACUCGCACCAAGUCUACGGUGCGCGUCGCCAGCCCGGCCUGUCCCUGCUCCACGCACCAAGUCUACGGUGCGCGUCGACAGCCCGGCCCGGCCUGUUCCUGCCACUCGCACCAAGUAUACGGUGCGCGUCGCCAGCCCGGCCCGGCCUGUUCCUGCCACUCGCACCAAGUCUACGGUGCGCGUCGCCAGCCCGGCCCGGCCUGUUCCUGCCACUCGCACCAAGCCAGGGGUGCGAGUCGUCAGCCUGGUAAGGCCCGUCCCUCCUCCACGCACCAAGCCAGGGGUGCGAGUCGUCAGCCUGGUAAGGCCCGUCCCUCCUCCACGCACCAAGCCAGGGGUGCGCGUCGUCAGCCUGGUAAGGCCCGUUCCUCCUCCACGCACCAAGCCAGGGGUGCGCGUCGUCAGUCCAGCACAACCCGUGCCUGGGUCACCGGUGCCUGGUAAGGUACCGGUCAACUGCUCCACUAUGGAGCUGAAGCUAACCGCUCCUGCUAAGUCCAGUUCGGCUCCAGCCGGCGGGGCCAGACUGGACCAGGGGCGCUAUGGGGGGUGUAUUGGAGGGUGGUGGUCAAGGCCGGAGCCAGAACCGCCGCCGAGGAGGUAUGCCCGCCCAGCCCUCCCCUGUUUUGUUUAGUUGAGGCGCGGUCGCAGUCCGCGCCUUUAGGGGGGGGGGUACUGUCACACCCUGGCUCUGGGACUCAUUAUGUUGAGCCAGGGUGUGUUCAUUCUAUGUGUGUAUUUCUAUGUUGGUAAUUCUGUUGUGUUUAAUUCUAUGUUUGCCUGAGUGACUCCCAAUCAGAGGCAACGAGUGUCAGCUGUUGGCUGGUUGUCUCUGAUUGGGAGCCAUAUUUAAACUGUCUGUUUUCCCUUUGUGUUUGUGGGUUUUUGUUCCGUGUUCGGUCAUUGAUACCGUGGACGUCACGAGUCGUUUCUUGUUUUGUAUUCAUGUUUAAACUUUAACUAAUUAAAGUAUGUUUGUACAUCACGCUGCGCCUUGGUCUACUCCUUACCUCGAUCGUGACACCUACCUCAGUGUGCACUUGUUCACUUGCACGUGGUUGUUCCCACGGGGGGGGGGGGGGGGGGGUAUGAAAAAAUAAAUAAUGUAUCCACUCACUAACUGUAAGUCGCUCUGGAUAAGAGCGUCCGCUAAAUGACUAAAAAUGUAAAAAUGUAAAAAAAAUGUUGUUCAAUGCUUUUAGAUUUGUGGGAAGUAGUGAAUGAGAUCACACUCCACGAGAACAUUCCAUAGCUGCAUGUGGCAGUUAAUCACCAACCUUGGCUUUUAUACCUGUUCAGACAACACACUCCAGGUGGCAGUAUAUGCACCCUUUCAGUUUGUAGACCACUGUGCCACUCGGGAGAGUCAACACUUUAGUGUUGCAUAGCAGUGCUAGCUGUGCCACUAGAGAUCCGGGUUCGAAUCCAGGCUCUGUCGUAGCCGGCCGUGACCGGGAGACCCAUGGGGCGGCGCACAAUUGGCCCAGGGUAGGGGAGGGAAUGGCUGGCAGGGAUGUAGCUGAGAUGGUAGAGCAUGGUGUUUGCAACGCCAGGGUUGUGUGUUCGAUUCCCAUGGGGGGCUUUUUCAUACUGAAAAAAAUAAUGAUGUAUGCACUCACUGACUGUAAGUUGCUCUGUGUAAGAGUGUCUGCUAAAAUAAAUGACUAAAAAAUAGAAUAAGAAGAAAUCAACUACUUUAAAAUAGAGAUAGACCACAAUGGCCUUUACCAUGGUGUCACAGAAGACAGUAUGGUAAAGAUCUGCCUUUAUCCAACUUAAUGAUUUAAUGUCAUCUACAGUGGGGAAAAAAAGUAUUUAGUCAGCCACCAAUUGUGCAAGUUCUCCCACUUAAAAAGAUGAGAGAGGCCUGUAGUUUUCAUCAUAGGUACACGUCAACUAUGACAGACAAAAUGAGGAAAAGAAAUCCAGAAAAUCACAUUGUAGGAUUUUUAAUGAAUUUAUUUGCAAAUUAUGGUGGAAAAUAAGUAUUUGGUCAAUAACAAAAGUUUCUCAAUACUUUGUUAUAUACCCUUUGUUGGCAAUGACACAGGUCAAACGUUUUCUGUAAGUCUUCACAAGGUUUUCACACACUGUUGCUGGUAUUUUGGCCCAUUCCUCCAUGCAGAUCUCCUCUAGAGCAGUUAUGUUUUGGGGCUGUCGCUGGCAACACAGACUUUCAACUCCCUCCAAAGAUUUUCUAUGGGGUUGAGAUCUGGAGAAUGGCUAGGCCACUCCAGGACCUUGAAAUGCUUCUUAGGAAGCCACUCCUUCGUUGCCAGGGCGGUGUGUUUGGAAUCAUUGUCAUGCUGAAAGACCCAGCCACGUUUCAUCUUCAAUGCCCUUGCUGAUGGAAGGAGGUUUUCACUCAAAAUCUCACGAUACAUGGCCCCAUUCAUUCUUUCCUUUACACGGAUCAGUCGUCCUGGUCCCUUUGCAGAAAAAACAGCCCCAAAGCAUGAUGUUUCAACCCCCAUGCUUCACAGUAGGUAUGGUGUUCUUUGGAUGCAACUCAGCAUUCUUUGUCCUCCAAACACGACGAGUUGAGUUUUUACCAAAAAGUUCUAUUUUGGUUUCAUCUGACCAUAUGACAUUCUCCCAAUCCUCUUCUGGAUCAUCCAAAUGCACUCUAGCAAACUUCAGACGGGCCUGGACAUGUACUGGCUUAAGCAGGGGGACACGUCUGGCACUGCAGGAUUUGAGUACCUGGCGGCGUAGUGUGUUUCUGAUGGUAGGCUUUGUUACUUUGGUCCCAGCUCUCUGCAGGUCAUUCACUAGGUCCCCCCAUGUGGUUCUGGGAUUUUUGCUCACCGUUCUUGUGAUCAUUUUGACCCCACGGGGUGAGAUCUUGCAUGGAGCCCCAGAUCGAGGGAGAUUAUCAGUGGUCUUGUAUGUCUUCCAUUUCCUAAUAAUUGCUCCCACAGUUGAUUUCUUCAAACCAAGCUGCUUACCUAUUGCAGAUUCAGUCUUCCCAGCCUGGUGCAGGUCUACAAUUUUGUUUCUGGUGUCCUUUGACAGCUCUUUGGUCUUGGCCAUAGUGGAGUUUGGAGUGUGACUGUUUGAGGUUGUGGACAGGUGUCUUUUAAACUGAUAACAAGUUCAAACAGGUGCCAUUAAUACAGGUAACGAGUGGAGGACAGAGGAGCCUCUUAAAGAAGAAGUUACAGGUCUGUGAGAGCCAGAAAUCUUGUUUGUUUGUAGGUGACCAAAUACUUAUUUUCCACCAUAAUUUGCAAAUAAAUUCAUUAAAAAUCCUACAAUGUGAUUUUCUGGAUUUUAUUUCCUCAAUUUGUCUGUCAUAGUUGACGUGUACCUAUGAUGAAAAUUACAGGCCUCUCUCAUCUUUUUAAGUGGGAGAACUUGCACAAUUGGUGGCUGACUAAAUACUUUUUCCCCCCACUGUAUGUAGGCCUAUAUUGGUUUGGUUUUGUGUGUUAAUUUUUUUGUCUUGGCGGUAUGAAUGACUAUGUGUUUUGAAUUAAAGUGUUUUGGAAUAUUAUGGCAGUCGUGAUAUGGAUUUUCUGUGUUAUCCAGAAUGAACAAGGCUCCCACCUCUGGUUAUGAGCAGGAUGUUGGCAGCCGGACCACGCAUCACAUCAUGUACCCAGAGAGUGCCAUAGAUCUGGACAACACCACUACUCUCGUGCUUUUCCCUUUCAAGACUCUGGACCUUCAGUGGCUACCCGGCGCCAUCACCAAUGGAUCUCACAUCACUUUGUGAGUAACCACUCUCCUUUUGAUUAGUCCACCAGUCUGUUACACCAAUUUUCUAAGAUCACAUAGCAACUCUGGAUAAAAUGUAGGUCUAAUUUUAUUCAACAGCUCAUAUGCACCUCUUAGAGCGAAGAUAAAGGCGAACAAAGAUUUGGUGAGUCACAUUGUUGAUCAUGAUCAUUUAUUAUGGUUAUAAUACAUCUACAGUCAAUGAUAAAUUGAUGAUAUUGUUAUAUCUUGGAUAGUAGGUAAUUGAGGAUGUUUGUUAGUUAGGUAUGGGCUAAUCUCGGUUAACCCUAAAAUCUUGCGUAAUUUGGUCAGAUGCUCAAUUAAAUUCCGGGUUGAGACAUGUUAGAAAUUGUGAUAACACGAUUUGCAAAGUCUCGUAAACGGACACUCUCAGCCAAAGCCCCCCCCCCUUCUGAUAAUUUCACUUGUGUUUAUCAUCCGUGUUGGCACACGCAAAGCAGUGAAAGAGUGUCAACAUGGAAUUGUGCAGAGUAUGUUUACAUGCACACAAUACUACAAUUAUUGGGAAUACUCAUAAUAAAGAUGCAUUAUAAAGGUUUUGUAUAAUUUCAGCAAGUAGUUUUGAAAGUAGCGCCCACGAGCCAAAAUGGCUCCCUGAAAAUUGUGCGUCAUCCAUUUCUGCAAUUUUUUAAAUAUUUUUUAUAUUUUUUUAUAUGUACAAUAUGCUACAAAUUUGUAAGUGCUUAAGAUCCCGUUCAACCUCUUUAAUAUAAUAGUUCAAUUAAAAAGUUUACAUGCUUUACCAAAAGAACAUUGUCUCUUACAAUCCGGUUUACAUGAUGGGAGCCGAAUAUAUUGAUAAAAGUAACCUUUGUCUGAGAGAGAUUUACAUGGUUAUCAAAAUGUCACGCCAGGGUAAGCCUACACAAAACACAGCCCUUAUUUUAAUUGUUUCUAAAAUCCCCUAUGGGAAAAAUGAAUGGUGGAAAAAUUAUUGGAACCAUUUCCCUGCUUGACCACUAGGUUUUAUGGGUAUUAUGACACCUCCACUGUGGGGCUCUAUUGUGAAUUUGUGAAUUUUUACUAGGAUCCCCAUUAGCUAACGCCGCAACGUUAGCUAAUCUUCCUAGGGUCCAACACCAAUUAAUAAGACUUUACAAACAAUUACAAAUUAAGACUUUACAAACAUUUAAUAAGUAGACAAUACAGACAAUUAAAAUACCUGACAGGUAAGACAUUUCACAUUCAGUUGAUGCUUUCUAUUUCCUGUCCAGUCAUAUGGUCUAUUUUUUUCUUGAAGGUGGAUUUACUUUUUGCCUGAGAAAUAUGGAUUGGUAAAGAGUUCCAUUCAGCUAUGGCUCUAUAUAAAACUGCAGAUUUAAGGCGAUUUGUCCUUGGCUUGGGUUGUCUUAGAUGCCCUGCAUUUACCUGUCUGGUUUGGUGGUUAUGCGUGUUGCUAGUAUGUACUAACUGGUCUGAAAAACACUGUGUUUUUUGACAAAUAUAACAUUCCUACAGACAAUCAGAAGACUGGAUAGUAAUUUGUUUUCAACGUGAAGCCAUGAGAGAUUCUGAUGCAUUUGGAUAAUAUUCAUAUGGAUUAGAGCAAUGAAGAGUUAAUCUGGCAGCCCUGUUUUAAGCGAUUUUGAGAUUUUUUAUAUAUUUCUUUGCUGCAGAUGACCAUAUAACUGGACAGCACUCUAGGUGUGAUAGGACCAGGGAUUGAAUCACCUGAUUCAGAGUGCUAGAUGUUACAUACUCUGAACAUUUUCUUGGUUGUAUGCCCAUUAUUAUUGGAGUGAGGAUUUUGAACGUAGUCCGGUGUUAUUGUUCAACCUUUUCUAAAAUUAAAUGAAUUUCUUUCUUAUUGCAUCGAAAGUAGAUCCACAAACUCGACACAAUUCAAGCACCUUGGAUGGGGUCAUUGGCAACAUAUAUAUUUUUUGGAGACCGUUGGGCCAUGUUUGUUUAAUGAAAAUUCUAUAGGAGAAGGGGCCCAUCAGUACAGAUGUAGGAUCUUAAUUUUAUUUUAUUUAACCUUUAUUUUAUUUAUUUGUAUUUAACCAGGCAAGUCAAUUAAGAACUAAUUAUUAUUUACAAUGACGGCCUAGCAAGAGGCAAAAGGCCUCCUGUGGGGACGGGGGGCUAGAAUUAAACAUUUAAAUGUAGGACAAAUCACGCAUCACGAAAAAAGAGAAAUCACAACACGACAUAAAGAGAGACCUAAGACAACAACACAGAAUGACAACACAGCAUGACAACACAAUAUUUGAUCAACCUGUUGUUUGAGAAUCUUCCUGCGCUGCAGGAAAAGCAAACUUGUAAUGUAUUAGAAGCUUAAAAAACAUGUAAAACGUAUCAACCCCUCCAAAAAUGUCCAUUUAAUUACUAUCCACAUAAUAAUUCACAUUUCCUGUUGCUGCAGGAUUAUUUUCCUGCUGUGAGAAACUGGUCAAAUUAAGAACCUACAUCUGACGUUGACUACUGCACACACAAGACAGCUUUACGCUUCAAAUCCCUGUCCCCAGUUUGAGCAUCACUUUAGCCCAGUCCUUCUCAAAUAGUGGGGCGCGCCCCCCUGGGGGGGCUCGGAGCGAUGCCGGGGGGGCGCGUGUGACCCUGGGGAACAUGCUUUUUUUUGCCGCAGCGAGUAGUUUUUUAUUUGCAACCGAACAAAAGCACAGAGUAGGAGAUAUGAAGUGCAGAUAAACAAAACCCUUAAGAGACGCCAUGGAAACAUAUCUAACAGGGAUGAAAAGAAAGGCGGGAGAGAGACGGAGAUAAUGAGACAAACGUAAGUCUCCCGAAAGCUAAGACGAGGAAAUAUGACGAAGCGUAUGUAGCGCUUGGCUUCACUGUGACUACGGUGGGAGAAGAGGAAAGACCGGUUUUUUUAUUUAUUUAUUUCACCUUUAUUUAACCAGGUAAGCCAGUUGAGAACAGGUUCUCAUUUACAACUGCGACCUGGCCAAGAUAAAGCAAAGUAGUGCAAUAAAUACAACACAGAGUUACAUAUGGGGUAAAAAAAAAAACAUAAAGUCAGAAAUACAACAGAAAAUAUAUAUACAGUCUGUGCAAAUGUAGCAAGUUAUGGAGGGUAAGGCAAUAAAUAGGCUAUAGUGCAGAAUAAUUACAAUAGUAUUAACACUGGAAUGCUAGAUGUGCAAGAGAUUAUGUGCAAAUAGAGAUACUGGGGUGCAAAAGAGCAAAUUAAAUAACAAUAUAGGGAUGAGGUAGUUGGGUGGGCUAAUUUCAGAUGGGCUGUGUACAGGUGCAGUGAUCGGUAAGGUGCUCUGACAACUGAUGCUUAAAGUUAUUGGGGGGAGAUAAGAGUCUCCAGCUUCAGAGAUUUUUGCAAUUCGUUCCAGUCAUUGGCAGCAGAGAACUGGAAGGAAUGGCGGCCAAAGGAGGUGUUGGCUUUGGGAAUGACCAGUGAGAUAUACCUGCUGGAGCGCAGACUGCGGGUGGGUGCUGCUAUGGUGACCAAUGAGCUAAGAUAAGGCGGGGAUUUGCCUAGCAGUGAUUUAUAGAUGGCCUGGAGCCAGUGGGUUUUGACGACGAACAUGUAGUGAGGACCAGCCAACAAGAGCGUACAGGUCACAGUGGUGGGUAGUGUAUGGGGCUUUGGAGACAAAACGGAUGGCACUGUGAUAGACUACAUCCAAUUUGCUGAGUAGAGUGUUGGAGGCUAUUUUGUAAAUGACAUCGCCGAAGUCAAGGAUCGGUAGGAUAGUCAGUUUUACGAGGGCAUGUUUGGCAGCAUGAGUGAAGGAGGCUUUGUUGCGAAAUAGGAAGCCGAUUCUAGAUUUAACUUUGGAUUGGAGAUUCUUUAUGUGAGUCUGGAAGUUGAGUUUACAGUCUAACCAGACACCUAGAUAUUUGUAGUUGUCCACAUACUCUAGGUCAGACCCGUCGAGAGUGGUGAUUCUAGUCGGGUGGGCGGUGGGGGGUGCUAGCAGCGUUCGAUUGAAAAGCAUGCAUUUAGUUUUACUAGUGUUUAAGAGCAGUUGAAGGCUACUGAAGGAUUGUUGUAUGGCAUUGAAGCUCGUUUGGAGGUUUGUUAACACAGUGUCCAAUGAAGGGCCAGAUGUAUACAAAAUGGUGUCGUCUGCGUAGAGGUGGAUCUGAGAGUCACCAGCAGCAAGAGCGACAUCAUUGAUAUACACGGAGAAAAAGUGUCGGCCCAAGAAUUGAACCCUGUGGCACCCCCAUAGAGACUGCCAUAGGUCCAGACAACAGGCCCUCCGAUUUGACACACUGAACUCUAUCUGAGAAGUAGUUGGUGAACCAGGCGAGGCAGUCAUUUGAGAAACCAAGGCUAUUUAGUCUGCCAAUAAGAAUGCGGGGUGGUUGACAGAGUCGAAAGCCUUGGCCAGGUCGAUGAAGACGGCUGCACAGUACUGUCUAUUAUCAAUCGCGGUUAUAAUAUCGUUUAGGACCUUGAGCGUGGCUGAAGGGCACCCGUGACCAGCUCGGAAACCGGAUUGCAUAGCGGAGAAGAAGGUACGGUGGUAUUCGAAAUGGUCGAUGAUCUGUUUGUUAACUUGGCUUUCGAAUACUUUCGAAAGGCAGGGCAGGAUGGAUAUAGGUCUGUAGCAGUUUGGAUCUAGAGUGUCACCCCCUUUGAAGAGGGGGAUGACCGCGGCAGCUUUCCAAUCUCUGGGGAUCUCAGACGUUAUGAAAGAGAGGUUGAACAGACUAGUAAUAGGGGUUGCGACAAUUUUGGCGGCUAGUUUUAGGAAGAAAGGGUCCAGAUUGUCUAGCCCAGCUGAUUUGUAGGGGUCCAGAUUUUGCAGCGCUUUCAAAACAUCAGCUGUCUGAAUUUGUGUGAAGGAGAAGCGGGGGGGGGCAUGGGCAAGUUGCAGCAGAGGGUGCAGAGUUGGUGGCCGGGUUAGUGGUAGCCAGAUGGAAAGCAUGGCCAGCUGUAGCAAAAUGCUUGUUGAAAUUCUCGAUUAUUGUAGAUUUAUCGGUGGUGAUAGUGUUUCCUAGCCUCAGUGCAGUGGGCAGCUGGGAGGAAGUGCUCUUAUUCUCCAUGGACUUUACAGUGUCCCAAAACUUUUUGGAGUUAGUGCUACAGGAUGCAAAUUUCUGUUUGAAAAAGUUAGCCUUUGCUUUCCUGACUGCUUGUGUAUAUUGGUUCCUAACUUCCCUGAAAAGUUGCAUAUCGCGGGGGCUAUUUGAUGCUAAUGCUGUACGCCACAGGAUGUUUUUUGUGCUGGUCAAGGGCAGUCAAGUCUGAGGAGAACCAGGGGCUAUAUCGGUUCUUAGUUCUGUAUUUUUUGAAUGGGGCAUGUUUAUUAAAGAUUGAGAGGAAAUUACUUUUAAGGAACAACCAGGCAUCCUCUACUGACGGAAUGAGAUCUAUAUCCAUCCAGGAUACCUGGGCCAGGUCAAUUAGGAAGGCCUCCUCGCUAAAGUGUUUUAGGGAGCGUUUGACAGUGAUGAGGGGUGGUCGUUUGACUGCGGACCCGUUACGGACGCAGGCAAUAAGGCAGUGAUCGCUGAGAUCCUGGUUGAAGACAGCUGAGGUGUAUUUAGAGGGUAUAUUAGUCAGGAUGAUAUCUAUGAGGGUACCCAUGUUUAAGGAUUUAGGGUUGUACCUGGUAGGUUCGUUGAUAAUUUGCGUGAGGUUGAGGGCAUCUAGCUUGGAUUGUAGGAUGGCUGGGGUAUUAAGCAUAUCCCCAAUUUAGGUCACCAAGCAGUACAAACUCAGAGGAUAAAUGGGGGGCAAUCAAUUCACAUAUGGUGUCCAGGGCACAGCUGGGGGCUGAGGGGGGUCUGUAGCAAGCGGCAACAGUGAGAGACUUAUUUCUGGAAAGGUGGAUUUUUAGAAGUAGAAGCUCAAACUGUUUGGGCACAGACCUGGAUAGUAUGAUAGAGCUCUGCAGGCUAUCUCUACAGUAGAUUGCAACUCCACCCCCUUUGGCAGUUCUAUCUAGACGGAAAAUUGUUAUAGUUGGGGAUGGAAAUUUCAGAAUUUUUGGUGGCCUUCCUGAGCCAGGAUUCAGACACUGCUAGAACAUCAGGGUUGGCAGAGUGUGCUAACGCAGUGAAUAACUCAAACUUAGGAAGUAGACUUCUGAUAUUUAUGUGCAAGAAACCAGACUUUUGCGAUUACAGAAGUCAACAAAUGAUAGCUCCUGGGGAUUAGGAGUGAUACUGGGGGCUACAGGGCCUGGGUUAGCCUCUACAUCACCAGAGGAACAGAGGAGGACUAGAAUAAGGAUACGGCUAAAGGCUUUUUAAGAACUGGUCUUCUAGUGCGUUGGGGACAUAGAAUUAAAGGGGGCAGAUUUCCGGGUGUUAUAGAAAAGAUUCAGGGCAUUAUGAACAGACAAGGAUAUGGAAGGAUAUGAGUAAAGUGGAGGUAAACCUAAGCGUGGGUAACACUGAAGAGAUAGUAUCUCUAGAGGCAUCAAUUGAGUCGGUCUCUGAUGUAUGGGUGGAGGGACAAAGGAGCUAACCAAGGCAGGUUUAGCUAGGCUGGGGGGUCUACGUGAUAUAGUACAAUUAGAAUAACCGAAACAACAAUAAACUAACCCAUGUUUGGGCUGAGGCUAAACAUAAAACAGGAUGUAGUACCGUAAAAAGGAACAGUCCAGCAGAUAUCAGCUGUAUAGCUGAGUUAUCAUAAGGUCCGGUGGUGAAGCGCUAGUGAGUAAGAGGCCACGGCUAGCGUGUGCUACGUCCGUUUUGUUGUAGCCAGCUGGUAGCGAUGAAUCCGGAGUUAAAGGUCCAGUGAUUCAGUGAUGCCGGCGGAAAAAAAACUGAUAGUUCUGGGUCGAUAACGCGCAGUGCUGACUGGGCCGAAUAUCCGGUGAUCAAGGUCCAGUAUGUUUUACUGGUCCUACAAAAAUGGUGGCAGCGGGACAGCAUGAAGCCAAAUAAAUUAAGGCGUCACUUAAAUACAUUACACCCCAAUCACGCUGAUAAGCCGCUUGAGUUUUUUCAGCGAAAACAUGCCGAAUAUUGCCAACAAUCGUCCCGCUUUUGUGAAUGCUACUUCAGGAAACCAGCGAGCACUGUUAGCAUCAUAUAAGGUGGCGUACCAAAUUGCUCAGUGCAAAAAAAAACACUCCAUAGCAGAGGAGCUAAUACUGCCUGCAGAAUUAGAUAUGGUCUCUGUCAUGCUGGAUGACGCAAGUGCUGCAAAAAUAAAAACUAUCCCUCUGUCCAAUGACACUGUCGCCAGACGGUAUAAAUGGACAUUGCUAACGAUCUUAAAGAACAGCUGGUAGAUAAACUCAAAGACAAACGUGCCUUUUGCCAUUAAUCCUGACUUCCUCAUUUUGCUAAAAAAAAAUCAGCACAAAUGGUUUUAUUCAAUUUUGUUUUAUAGGUCAGUGUUUCAUAUAUUGGGCUCCUGAGUUCAUGUUGCUGAUCAAUUUUAAUUUGUUAUUAUUUAUUGAUUAUAUUUUAUUUUAUUUUUCAGUAUCCAAAUGGUCAAAAUUUUUUUUACAGUUUAAAAUAAGGUAAAUUUCUGGCAAAUUGAUGCACUUUAAGUCUUUUCUGGUACAGACUAAAAAACAAUGUUAAUAAAGUUAUUCUUUGUUGUAAGUUGAUCUAUAUUUCUUUAUUUUAUUUAUAUUUUCUUUAAUGUUAAUAAGGAUACAAUGUUAUGCAGAGGUGUACUUAGAACAAUUUCAUAGACAAAUUAUACUAUUUCCAGUUGCGGCGGAGAGUUGGGGGGGCGCGAAAUGUUUACUUCUUCCUAGGGGCAACAGAAAAUAAUGAGAAGCACUGCUUUAGCCCCAAUCCUGAUACAUCCAAAUAACCAGUGACGAAAAACACAAGUGACGAGAAACUACUGCUGCUCGUUACCAUAGUCUUUUGACAGAUCUACGUACCAUUUAUGUUACGUAGUCCGUCCAUGAGCGACUAGGUAUGGGGCCAGAGUAAUAUACACGGCUCAAAAAAAUAAAGGGAAACCACGUACACAAAAUGUUGUAAUCAAGUCAAUCACCACUUCUGUGAAAUCCAAAUGUCCACUAGGAAGCCCAACACUGAGUGACAAUACAUUUCACAUGCUGUUGUGCAAAUGGCAUAGACAACAGGUGGAAAAUUAUAGGCAUAUUAGCAAGACACCCCCAAUAAAGACUGGUUUUGCAGGUGGUGACCACAGCCACUUCUUCAGUUCUUGCUUCCUGGCUGAUGUUUGGUCACUUUUGAAGCAUGGCGGUGAUUUAACUCUAGUGGUAGCAUGAGACGGAGUCUUACAACCCACAGCAAGUGUCAGGUGUGCAGCUCAUCCAGGAUGGAACAUCAAUGCGAGCGUGGCCAAGAAGGUUUGGCUGUGUCUGUCAGCGUAGUGUCCAGAGCAUGGAAGGCCUAACAGGAGACGGACAGUAACAUCAGGGGACGUGGAGGAGGCCGUAGGAGGGCAAACAAACACGCAGCUAGGGAAUGCCUACCCGCCUUUGUGAAAGAGGCAGGAGCAGGAGGGGAGCACUUGCCAGACAGAGAGGCCUGCAAAAUGACCUCCAGCAGCAGGACACAAAUCUGAUGGUAUGCUCAAACGUCAGAAUACAGGACUCCAUGAGGGUGGUUAUGAGGGCCGACGUCCACAGGAUGGGGGUUGAGCCUUACAGCCCAAAACACCGUGCAGGAGUUUGGCAUUUGACAGAGAAAACCCAAGAUUGGCAAAUCGCCAAUGGCGCCUGUGCUUUCACAGAUUAAUGAGGUUCACAAUGAGAAAGUAACAGAUAUGGGACAGCCGUGGAGAACGUUCUGCUGCCUGCAAAAGCCUCCAGCAUGACCGGUUUGGCGGGGUGGGUCAGUCAUGGUUGUGGGGGGGGUGGCAUUUUCAUGGGGGGGCCGCACAGCCCUCCAUGUGCUAGCCAGGGGCACGCAGAGGAGCCUGACUGCCAUUAGGUACCGAGAUGAGAUCUCAGACCCCUUGUGAGACCAUAUGCUGGUGCGGUUGGCCUGGGUUCCUCCUAGCAAGACCAAUGCUUCUCGACCUCAGGUGGAUGGAGUGUGUUCAGGCAGUUUCAUGACAAGAGGAAGGCAAUUGCUGCUAUGACUGGGCCCGCCCGUUCCCCAAGACCUGAAUCCAAUUGAGAAAAAUUGGGGAAUUCAUGUUCGCUCCAUCCACAACGACAAUUGCACCACCAGGACUGUCCGGACGUUGGGCGGAUGAGUGAGUCAAGGCUGGGAGGAGAUCCCUCAGGAGACCAUCCGCCAUCUCAUCAGGAGCAUGGCCCAGGCGUUGUGGAGGUCAUACAGGCACGUGGAGGCCACAAAACACUACUGAGCCUCAUUUUGACUUGUUUUAAGGACAUUACAUCAAAGUUGGGGAUCAGCCUUGUAGUGUGGGUUUCCAUUUAUUUUGAGGGUGACUCCAAAUCCAGACUCAGGGUUGAUACAUUGAUUUCCAUCGAUAAUGUUGUGUGAUUUUGUUUGUCCAGCACAUUCCAAUAUUGUAUAAAAAAAAAAACGUAAUUUUUAAUAAGCUUAUUUCAUUAAGUCAGAUCUUAGGAGGUGUUUUUAGUGUUCCUUUAUUUUUUGAGAAGGAUGUAUUUUAAAUAAAAAUACAUAAUUACAAAAAACGGCGAACGGAGGAACAUCAUAAAGGGCUCUGGGUUCCUAACAAGCGGAACCCGAGGCGGUGGUUGAUGUCCAGAAAUAAUUAGGAUUUAAAAAAGACCCUAAAGGGCAAAUCUGUCUACGAGUCAUGAUCUGGCUUCACAUGUAGUUUUGAGACAGCAUCAGAAUGGAGUGUACUAACAGUGUAUUGUGGACAUCUUUCUCAGACACUAUCAAUCUAAGUGAGUUAUCCAAAUGGGAUGUAUCACAAAGGCAUCAUUCCUAUUUCUAAUAAUCUGUUGUUGAUGUAUAAUAUGUUCAUGCAGGUAGGGUUCUGAUCCUGUGUUCAUGAAAUAUGUUAAUGAGGUGGUUGACUAGUACGGCAAAUACCCCUCAACCGGAUUCAUGGCUUGGAUUAUUAGCCCUACACAUUGUGACGAGGUAAGAGAUUAU